CAUAUAAGAACAAAAGAAGCACAUAUGAACAGAUUUGAAUUUUGACUUUUGGAGAAUGGCAAGUCAAAUCAUGUUGCCUGUGCUGCUUUUGGGGAUGAUAAGUACGGUAACUCCUCAGACUUCAGGACCUCUCUACCAAAUUGCUGGAACAACAAGCUUUCAAUCAGACGAUGGCAGUUCCCCUCAAAUUCUGCUGCAACGACCAUUUCUUUUUUUUGGACGGGCGUAUAAUCAGAUUUAUGUGAACCACAAUGGACACCUGACCUUUGACUUUCCAUGGUCCAGUUACACGCCUCAAAUCUUUCCACUACAUGGAUCCAGAGACAUCAUCGCUCCAUUCUGGACAGAUUUGGACAACAGACAAAAUGGUCAGAUCUACUAUAACCAAUACACCAGCGGCAGUGUUCUCCAACAAGCUACACGAGACAUUAAUCAGUACUUCCCAGGGUUGAACUUCAAUGCCAACUGGGUCUUUGUUGCAACAUGGUAUGAGGUGGCCUACUUUCCUAAUUCAGGAACACAAACAACGGUCCAAGCAGUCUUGAUCUCUGGUGGCCAGUACUCGUUUGUGCUGUUGAAUUAUGGGAUAAUAGCCUUAACAUCUCUAAGUGUACAGGCAGGAUAUGACACAAUCGAUUCCACUCACCAUUUCACCAUCCCUGGAUCAUUCUCUAGCACUGCAACAGGCAUUAACUCAAAUUUCCACCUGAACAGCAAUGUCAAUGUACCCGGUCGCUGGGCCUUCCGGACAGACCAUGGAUCAAGAGGUUGCACUUUCAAUGGUGAACCCGUGCAGCUGGGUGACUCAUUCUGGAGCGACAGUACCUGUGCACAGAAGUGCACCUGCACCUCAGCAGGCCUGCAGUGCCACAGCCAACCCUGCUCCUUUUCCCAAAUCUGCCGGCCUACUGGCUUUCAGUUCUCCUGCCAGACGGUGCAGAGAGGCACCUGCACCAUUAGUGGUGAUCCACAUUACUAUACCUUCGAUGGCACAGUGUUUCACUUCCAGGGCACCUGCACUUACGUUCUCUCAGAGCAAUGUGGUGGAGGGCUGCCCUACUAUAGAGUAGAGGGCAAGAACGAGCACCGGGGCAGCACUCAUGUCUCUUGGACACGACUUGUCAAAGUGUAUGUCUAUAAUGAAAUCAUUGAGCUUGUCAAGGGACAUCGUGGUGAGGCUAAGGUUAAUGGAAACUUUGUAGCCACCCCGAUCUCCCUUGGCAAUGGCACUGUCCAGGUUUAUGAGUCAGGUUUUUCUGUGAUCAUCAGUACUGACUUUGGCUUGGAGGUAUCCUAUGACGCCUACCAUUAUGUCAGGAUCAGUGUGCCCUACAGCUACCAGAAUGCAACAUGUGGCCUGUGUGGAAACUUCAACAAUGAUCCCAGGGAUGACUUUCGAACCCGCCGAGGCGAGGUCGUGAGCUCGGAUGUGGUUUUUGCCAACAGUUGGAAAGCAUCAGGGGAUAAUGAGCCUGGUUGCGGGACCAGAUGCGGAGGUCUAGACUGUGCUGCCUGCACUGAGGCUCAGACAGAUUUAUACAGCAGUACUGCCCAUUGUGGUAUCCUACAGAGCAGUUCUGGACCUUUUGCUGCUUGCCAUCAACGACUUCCCCCACAGACCUUUGUGGAGAGCUGUGUGUAUGAUCUGUGUGUAGGAGGAGGGUACCAGCCCAUUCUGUGUCAAGCCCUAAAUGUGUAUGCAAGUCAGUGUCAACAGAAUGGUAUACAGCUGCCAAGCUGGAGGAGACAAGGCUUCUGUGAAAUCCCCUGCCCAGCCAACAGCCACUUUGAGUCCCAAGGGACAGGAUGUCCAGCUACCUGUGUCAAUCCCAAUUCUACCUACAACUGCCCUCUCCCUGCCCAGGAGAGCUGCAUCUGCAAUUCAGGCUACAUCCUCAGUGCUGGGGUCUGCGUCCCGCAUGCUGAAUGUGGCUGCAGCUUUGAGGGUCGCUACUACCGCUCUGGAGAAACUGUAAUACUAGAUGAGAACUGUGGGCGACAUUGUAGCUGCAAUUAUGGCUCCAUGACUUGUCGCCCCCAUGGUUGUGGUCCACUAGAGUCUUGCAGGGUGGUGGAAGGAGAAAGAGGAUGCAGACCUAACAGCUAUGCAACAUGCUGGAUAAGGGGCCCAGGGUCAUAUUAUACGUUUGAUGGACUGACAUAUCAGUAUCCUGGGGCAUGUCGAUUGACCCUUGCCAAAGUGAUGGGAUUGUCUAGUCAUCCACACUUUGUGGUGACAGCAGAAAAAGUGCCCAGAGGCCAGCAGGGUUUUGCCAGGGUACUAAAGUUUGAGGCAGAGGGAACUCAAAUUUCCAUUGAAAUGACAGGUAGCAGCAAAGUUCAGGUCAACGGUCAGCUCAUCAGACUACCUUUCAGCUCAGCAUCCAAUAGAAUCCAAAUCUACCACAGCAGCAUUCACAGUAUCAUUGUUCGCACCUCCUUUGGUGUAACUGUGCAGACAGUCUGGCCUCACUUUGUGCGUGUCACUGCACCUGGUAUCUACAAUGGCUCACUAGGGGGACUAUGUGGUAAUUACAAUGGUCAGCCACAUGACGACUUCCGCACACCCAAUGGCAUCCUGGUCAGCAGCUCUCAGGUCUUUGGGGACAGUUGGCGAAAUGGCUCCCUCGCUGCACACUGCGUGGAAAGUGUAAAUCAUAAUUCUACAACAAAUUACAAUUCUAGUGAGUACUGUGGCAUUCUUGACUCACCGCAUGGGCCGUUUGCCCAGUGUUGGGCCAUGGUGGACCCACAGCAGCAUGUGAAUGUAUGUGUGGAGAUCCUUAGAGCCUCUAGAGAUCCAGCAUCAGCACUAUGUGAGCUCCUACGAGAUUAUGCACUAAUGUGUCAACAGAAGGGUGUUGCCCUAGGACACUGGAGGAAUGCGGCUGGCUGUGAGCAAAACUGUCCUCUAAACAGCCAUUAUGAACUCUGUGGAACCUCUUGUCCUUCCGCCUGCCCCAGCCUUUCCUUUCCUUUCGCCUGUGACACUGUGUGCCAGGAUGGGUGCCAGUGUGAUGAUGGCUUUGUCCUCAAUGGCAACCAGUGCGUGCCACCAACAGAUUGCGGAUGCUAUCACCAAGGACGCUAUCGGCAAGGUGGCGAACACUUCUGGGAUGGUGAGGAAUGUCAGAGCUUGUGUAGCUGUAAUGGCACUACUGGGGCAGUCCACUGUAUCCCCAACUCCUGUGGUCCCCAGGAGUCCUGUCGUGUGGUGGGGGGUGAGUUUGGCUGCCAUUCCAAACCUGAUGGCACCUGCUCUGCCUCUGGAGACCCCCACUACCUUACCUUUGAUGGCAAGGCCUAUGACUUCCAGGGAACCUGCCGUUAUGUUUUGGCGACCCUUUGUAACGCCACAGAUGGUCUCCACCAAUUUUCUGUUGAAGCUAAGAAUGAGCCAUGGAGCGGGUUGCCAGUUUCAAUAACAGCUGAAGUUUUUGUGAAUGUGUGGGGCUAUCGAGUGCGUAUUUCAAGGGAAAGUAGCGGUAUGGUAGAGGUAAAUGGAAUAACUAAAAACCUGCCUAUUCUCUUGAAUGGAGGUCGUGUGUCUGUCUAUGCAAGUGGAUCUCGCACAUUUGUCAGGGCUGAUUUUGGCCUGAGUGUCACGUACGAUGGAUGGAGUACAGUGUCUAUCUCUGUGCCUUCAAAUUACAGUGGACAAACAUGUGGACUUUGUGGAAACUUCAAUGGAAAUCCAAAUGAUGAGUUCCACACCCCAUCUGGAAUGAUGGUCACCACUCCACAUGAGUUUGGGACAGCUUGGAAAGCAGCAGGCAACUACACCUGCAGUGAUGGGUGUGGCUCCUCCUGCCCACAAUGCACCAAUGACUUACCUGCUAGAGCCCAAUGUGAGGUGAUUCAGGCAGCCGACGGCCCCUUCAGCUUCUGCCAUCAGCAGGUGGACUCAGCGCCAUAUGUCAAUGACUGUGUGUUUGAUGUUUGUGUGUCGGGAAAUCGAGGCCAAGAUCUUCUGUGCAGGGCCAUCCAGGCAUAUGUCAGUGCCUGUCAGUCUGCUAAUGUUCGAAUCUACCCUUGGAGACAGAACACCACCUGCAGACUUGACUGUCCAGCUAACAGCCAUUAUGAUUUGUGUGGUACCAACUGUGGCCACACUUGUGCCAGCAGCACUAAUGCCACCUGUGAAGAGGUUUGCUCUGAGGGAUGUUUCUGUGAUGAAGGCUUUGUCAGGAGUGGGACAAGGUGUGUCCCUGUGGAAAGCUGUGGCUGCCAAUAUGAGGGCUUCUACUACAAUGCUGGUGACUCCUUCUGGACAGAAGGUUGCUCCCAGAGAUGUGAGUGCCAUGCGCCCAAUGACCUGCGCUGUUCUGCUGCAUCUUGCACUCCUACACAAGAGUGCACCAUCAGAAAUGGCCAGCUGGGCUGUUUUGAUGCAUUGUCUACUUGCACUGUGUGGGGGGACCCACACUACAUCACCUUUGAUGGGGCACUGGCUCAUUUCCAGGGCACAUGCUCUUACAUCAUUACUGAGAGUGUGAGCCAUGGCACCAAUGAAACACAGUUUCAGGUAGUAGCCACAAAUAAUCACCGUGGCAACAACCGUGUGUCAUUUGUGUCAGCAGUGGAUAUAUACCUCUCAAAUCAACCAGAGAGUGCAUACAUCAGGAUUGGACCCAACAAAAGAGUAACGGUAAAUGGAAUUGAGGUAUCUCUUCCCACCACUGCAGGAACCUUAGCUCAGGUUGUGGGGCAGGGAAGCUACACAGUAGUCAAUGCCAUUGACUUGAUAGUCCAGUUUGAUGGCCAGAGUACGUUACUGGUGAGAAUCGGCCAAAACCGUCAAAACAGAGUCACCGGGAUGUGUGGAAACUUCAACAGUGACUCUGCAGAUGACAAAGUCUUGCCCAAUGGAACAUCGGCACAAAAUGACAAUGACUUUGGACACAGCUGGAAGGCACCCUCAAGCCAACCAGGAUGUGGGUCCACCGAUGAAAGGAGUGGUGAUGGGUUGGACAACUGUCCCUUUGUGGAAGAAUACUCUGAGCUCUGUGGUGUCAUCACCAAUACCAGCGGCCCAUUCAAUGCCUGUCACCUGCACUCUGACCCCCAGCCAUUUUUCAGAUCCUGUGUCUACGAUCUCUGCCUCUACACUCCAGCCAAUGGCAUGCUGUGUUCUGCAGUCUCAGCCUAUCAAAGAACCUGCUCUGUUUUGGGGUUGAACAUCCCUGAUUGGCGCACAGCUUUGCAAUGUGCUGAGUCAGACCCCUGUGAACAGCUGGACUGCACAGAUUAUGAAUGGUGUGGUGAGAAGGACGGUGUGUACGGCUGCUUCUGUGAUGAGCACCACCAUCGGCCCAACAAUGAGAGCUACGACUCGUCCAUCACUUGUGUCAGUAGUUCAGGCACCAUGUCUCUGUCGCGCUGCCAGCUGUUUGAAGCUGGCUUCCACUCUAGUGCCCUCCACCUCCAAGAAGACUCCUGCAAUGGGACUCUCCAGAAUGGACGACUGGUGUUCCACUUCAACAAUGAGGACCAGCUGUGCGGGACAACUCUCAGGAGCAAUGGAACCCAUUUCAUCUAUGAGAACACCAUCCAUGGCGCCGUGGAUCCCCAUGAAGGUCUAAUCAGCCGCCAGAGGAACAUUCAUCUGCGUUUCAGCUGUGAAUACCCUCUGGCCCAGGCCCUGUCUAUGGAUGUGGGCAUCAACCCUGUAGAGAGCGUUGUGAGGAAGAAGCUUCCAUCUGGCUAUGGACAGUAUCAUAUGAGGAUGAUCCCCUACCAGGACGCUGGCUUCCACUUCCCCCUGACCAGUGACAGAAACAUAGAAAUGGAAAUAGACCAGAGGUUGUAUGUGGAGGUGCGAACAGAAGGAGUCGAUGAACGGCAGAUCUCCACCAUUCUGGACUCUUGUUGGGCCACGCCAGUCAACAUCGCCAACUACCCUGUCCGCUGGGAUCUCAUUAGUGCAGAGUGUCCUAAUUCAGCAGAUGGUACAGUAGAGCUGGUUCAGAACGGCAUCUCCACAGUGGCCCGAUUCUCCUUCAGGAUGUUCACCUUUACCAACUUUUCAUCCAUCUACCUGCACUGCCAGGUCCACCUGUGUCUUUUAAAACACAACAACUGCUCAGCUCAUUGCUAUCCGGGUUACCACAGGCGAGUUGCGAGAGACGUAUCCUACCAUGACACUGCAGCCAUCUCACUAGGACCACUACUCCUGAAGCCAAAUGGCAGAGACAAAAUGAUGAAAACGAGCAGUGCUUCAGGCCAGUUGACCUCAGUGGUGACCCUGCUAGUCAGUUUGCUGAUUGCCAAAACUCUGACCUAUUUGAUUUGGGAGUCUGACAGAAUGGCAAGUCAAAUCAUGCUGUUUGUUCUGCUUUUGGGGAUGAUAAGUAUGGUGACUCCUCAGGUUGUAAGACCCCUCUACCCAAUAUCUGGAACCGAAAGCUCUCGAUCAGAUGAUGGAAGUUCUCCACGGAUUAACCUGCAACGACCGUUUGUCUAUUUUGGACGGACAUAUAAUCAGAUUUAUGUCAAUCACAAUGGACACUUGACAUUUGACAGUCCACUGAAUGCACAUACACCUCAAAGGUUCCCACUACAUGGAACCAGAGACUUCAUCGCUCCAUUCUGGACAGAUCUUGACAACAGGCAAAUUGGUCAGGUCUACUACAACCAAUACACCAGUGGCAGUGUCCUCCAACAAGCUACACAGGACAUUAAUGCCUACUUUCCAAGCAUGAACUUCAAUGCCAACUGGGUCUUUGUUGCAACAUGGUAUGAGGUGGCCUACUAUUCAAAUUCAGGAACACGCACAACUGUCCAAGCCGUGUUGAUCUCUGGCAGCCAGUACUCAUUUGUGCUGAUGAACUAUGGGAUAAUAGCCUCAACUAAUAAGAAUGUGCAGGCUGGCUACGAUACAAUAAACUCCACUCACCAUUUCACCAUCCCUGGAUCAUUCUCUAGCUCUGCAACAGGCAGUAACUCAAAUUUCCGCCUGAGGAGCAAUGUCAAUGUUCCCGGUUGCUGGGCCUUCCAGACAGACCACGGAUUAAGAGGUUGCACUUUCAAUGGUGAACCUGUGCAGCUUGGUGACUCAUUCUGGAGCGACAGUACCUGUGCACAGAAGUGCACCUGCACCUCAGCAGGCCUGCAGUGCCACAGCCAACCUUGCUCCUUUUCCCAAAUCUGCCGGCCUACUGCCUUUCAGUUCUCCUGCCAGACGGUGCAGAGAGGCAGCUGCACCAUAAGUGGUGAUCCACAUUACUAUACCUUCGAUGGCACAGUGUUUCACUUCCAGGGCACCUGCACUUACGUUCUCUCAGAGCAAUGUGAUCAUGGGCUGCCCUACUAUAGAGUAGAGGGCAAGAACGAGCAUCGGGGCAGCACUCGAGUCUCUUGGACACGACUGGUCAAAGUGUAUGUCUAUAAUGAAACCAUUGAGCUUGUCAAGGGACAUCAUGCUAAAGCUAAGGUUAAUGGAAACUUUGCAGCCACUCCAUUCUAUCUUAGCAAUGGCACCAUCCAGGUUUAUGAGUCAGGUUUUUCUGUGAUCAUCAGUACUGACUUUGGCUUGGAGGUAUCCUAUGACACAAAUCAUUAUGUCAGGAUCAGUGUGCCCUACAGCUACCAGAAUGCAACAUGUGGCCUGUGUGGAAACUUCAACAAUGAUCCCAGGGAUGACCUUCGAACCCGCCGAGGCGAGGUCGUGAGUUCUGAUGUGGUUUUUGCCAACAGUUGGCAAGCAUCAGGGGAUAAUGAGCCUGGUUGUGAGGCGCAGUGUGGAGGUCUGGACUGUGCUGCCUGCACUGAGGCUCAGACAGAUUUAUACAGCAGUACUGCCCAUUGUGGUAUCCUACAGAGCAGUUCUGGACCUUUUGCUGCUUGCCGUCAACAACUUCCCCCACAGACCUUUGUGGAGAGCUGUGUGUAUGAUCUGUGUGUAGGAGGAGGGUACCAGCCCAUUCUGUGUCAAGCCCUAAAUGUGUAUGCAAGUCAGUGUCAACAGAAUGGUAUACAGCUGCCAAGCUGGAGGAGACAAGGCUUCUGUGAAAUCCCCUGCCCAGCCAACAGUCACUUUGAGUCCCAAGGGACAGGAUGUCCAGCUACCUGUGUCAAUCCCAAUUCUACCUACAACUGCCCUCUCCCUGCCCAGGAGAGCUGCAUCUGCAAUUCAGGCUACAUCCUCAGUGCUGGGGUCUGCGUCCCGCAUGCUGAAUGUGGCUGCAGCUUUGAGGGUCGCUACUACCGCUCUGGAGAAACUGUAAUACUAGAUGAGAACUGUGGGCGACAUUGUAGCUGCAAUUAUGGCUCCAUGACUUGUCGCCCCCAUGGUUGUGGUCCACUAGAGUCUUGCAGGGUGGUGGAAGGAGAAAGAGGAUGCAGACCUGACAGCUAUGCAACAUGCUGGAUAAGGGGCCCAGGGUCAUAUCAUACGUUUGAUGGACUCACAUAUCAGUAUCCUGGGGCAUGUCGAUUGACCCUUGCCAAAGUGAUGGGAUUGUCUAGUCAUCCACACUUUGUGGUGACAGCAAAAAAAGUGCCCAGAGGCCAGCAGGGUUUUGCCAGGGUACUAAAGUUUGAGGCAGAGGGCACAUACGUGUCCAUUGAGAUGGCAAGUAGCAGCAAAGUACAGGUCGACGGUCAGCUCAUCAGACUACCUUUCAGUUCAGCGUCCAAUAGAAUCCAAAUCUACCACAGCAGCAUUCACAGUAUCAUCGUUCGCACCUCCUUUGGUGUAACUGUGCAGACAGUCUGGCCUCACUUUGUGCGUGUCACUGCACCUGGUAUCUACAAUGGCUCACUAGGGGGACUAUGUGGUAAUUACAAUGGUCAGCCACAUGAUGACUUCCGCACACCCAAUGGCAUCCUGGUCAGCAGCUCUCAGGUCUUUGGGGACAGUUGGCGAGAUGGCUCCCUCGCUGCACACUGCGUGGAAAGUGUAAAUCAUAAUUCUACAACAAAUUACAAUUCUAGUGAGUACUGUGGCAUUCUUGACUCACCGCAUGGGCCGUUUGCCCAGUGUUGGGCCAUGGUGGACCCACAGCAGCAUGUGGAUGUAUGUGUGGAGAUCCUUAGAGCCUCUAGAGAUCCAGCAUCAGCACUAUGUGAGCUCCUACGAGAUUAUGCACUAAUGUGUCAACAGAAGGGCGUUGCCCUAGGACACUGGAGGAAUGCAACUGGCUGUGAGCAAAACUGUCCUCUAAACAGCCAUUAUGAACUCUGUGGAACCUCUUGUCCUUCCGCCUGCCCCAGCCUUUCCUUUCCUUUCGCCUGUGACACUGUGUGCCAGGAUGGGUGCCAGUGUGAUGAUGGCUUUGUCCUCAAUGGCAACCAGUGCGUGCCACCAACAGAUUGCGGAUGCUAUCACCAAGGACGCUAUCGGCAAGGUGGCGAACACUUCUGGGAUGAUGAGGAAUGUCAGAGCUUGUGUAGCUGUAAUGGCACUACUGGGGCAGUCCACUGUAUCCCCAACUCCUGUGGUCCCCAGGAGUCCUGCCGUGUGGUGGGGGGUGAGUUUGGCUGCCAUUCCAACCCUCAUGGCACCUGCUCUGCCUCUGGAGACCCCCACUACCUUACCUUUGAUGGCAAGGCCUAUGACUUCCAGGGAACCUGCCAUUAUGUUUUGGCGACCCUUUGUAACGCCACAGAUGGUCUCCACCAAUUUUCUGUUGAAGCUAAGAAUGAGCCAUGGGGUGGGUUGCCAGUUUCAAUCACAGCUGAAGUUUUUGUGAAUGUGUGGGGCUAUCAAGUGCAUAUUUCAAGCGAGAGAAGUGGUGUGGUUCAAGUGAAUGGAGAAACUAGAAACUUGCCUGUUCUCUUGAACGGAGGUCAUGUAUCUAUCUACGCAAGUGGACCUCGUGUAUUUGUCAGUGCUGAUUUUGGCUUAAGUGUCAGCUACGAUGGAUAUAGUACAGUAUUUAUUUCUGUACCUGCAAAUUACAGUGGAAAAACAUGUGGACUUUGUGGAAACUUCAAUGGAAAUCCAAAUGAUGAGUUUCACACCCCAUCUGGAAUGAUGGUCACCACUCCACAUGAGUUUGGGAAAGCUUGGAAGGUGGCAGGCAACUACACCUGCAGUGAUGGGUGUGGCUCCUCCUGCCCACAAUGCACCAAUGACUUACCUGCUAGAGCCCAAUGUGAGGUGAUUCAGGCAGCCGACGGACCCUUCAGCUUCUGCCAUCAGCAGGUGGACCCAGCGCCAUAUUUCAAUGACUGUGUGUUUGAUGUAUGUGUGUCGGGAAAUGAAGGCCAAGAUCUUCUGUGCAGGGCCAUCCAGGCAUAUGUCAGUGCCUGUCAGUCUGCUAAUGUUCGAAUCUACCCUUGGAGACAGAACACCACCUGCAGACUUGACUGUCCAGCCAAUAGUCAUUAUGAGCUGUGUGGUACUGACUGUGGCCACACCUGUGCCAGCAGCAUUGAUGCCACCUGUGAGCAGGUUUGCUCAGAGGGAUGUUUCUGUGAUGAAGGCUUCCUCAGGAGUGGGACAAGCUGUGUCCCCAUGGGAAGGUGUGGCUGCCAAUAUGAUGGCUUCUACUAUGAUGCUGGUGACUCCUUCUGGACAGAAGGUUGUUCCCAGAGAUGUGAGUGCCAUGCUCCCAAUGACCUGCGCUGUUCUGCUGCAUCUUGCACUCCUGCACAAGAGUGCACCAUCAGAAAUGGCCAGCUGGGCUGUUUUGAUGCAUUGUCUACUUGCACUGUGUGGGGGGACCCACACUACAUCACCUUUGAUGGGGCAAUGGCUGAUUUCCAGGGCACAUGCUCUUACAUCAUUACUGAGAGUGUGAGCCAUGGCACCAAUGAAACACAGUUUCAGGUAGUAGCCACCAAUAAUCACCGUGGCAACAACCGUGUGUCGCUUGUAUCAGCAGUGGAUAUAUACCUCUCAAAUCAACCAGAGAGUGCAUACAUCAGGAUUGGACCCAACAAAAGAGUAACGGUAAAUGGAAUUGAGGUAUCUCUUCCCACCACUGCAGGAACCUUAGCUCAGGUAGUAAUGCAGGGAAGCUACAUAGUAGUUAACGCCAUUGACUUGAUAGUCCAGUUUGAUGGCCAGAGGACUUUACUGAUCAGGAUGGGCCAAAACCGCCAAAAUAGAGUCACCGGGAUGUGUGGAAACUCCAACAGUGACCCUGCAGAUGACAAAGUCUUACCCAAUGGAACAUUGGCACAAAAUGACAAUGACUUUGGACACAGCUGGAAGGCACCCUCAAGCCAACCAGGAUGUGGAUCCACAGAUGAUGAGAGUGGUGAUGUACUGGACGACUGUCCCUUUGUGGAAGAAUACUCUGAGCUCUGUGGUGUCAUCACCAACACCAGCGGCCCAUUCAGUGCCUGUCACCUGCACUCUGACCCCCAGCCAUUUUUCAGAUCCUGUGUCUACGAUCUCUGCCUCUACACUCCAGCCAAUGGCAUGCUGUGUUCUGCAGUCUCAGCCUAUGAGAAAACCUGCUCUGUUUUGGGGUUGAACAUCCCUGAGUGGCGAUCGGCAUUGCAAUGUGCUGAGUCAGACCCCUGUGAACAGCUGGACUGCACAGAUUAUGAAUGGUGUGGUGAGAAGGACGGUGUGUACGGCUGCUUCUGUGAUGAGCACCACCAUCGGCCCAACAAUGAGAGCUACGACUCGUCCAUCACUUGUGUCAGUAGUUCAGGCACCAUGUCUCUGUCGCGCUGCCAGCUGUUUGAAGCCGGCUUCCACUCUAGUGCCCUCCACCUCCGAGAUGAAUCCUGCAAUGGGACUCUCCAGGAUGGACGACUGGUGUUCCACUUUAACAAUGAGGACCAGCUGUGUGGGACAGCUCUCAGGAGCAACGGGACCCAUUUCAUCUAUGAGAACACCAUCCAGGGCGAUGUGGACCCUCAUGAGGGCCUCAUUAGUCGUGAGAAGAGCAUCCACCUACACUUCUCCUGUGAAUACCCUCUGGCCCAGGCCCUGUCUAUGGAUGUGGGCAUCAACCCUGUAGAGAGCAUCGUGAGGAAGAAGCUUCCAUCUGGCCGGGGUCGCUAUCAUUUGAGGAUGAUCCCCUACCAGGACGCAGGCUUCCUCUUCCCCCUGACCAGAAGCAGGAACCUAGAAAUGGAAAUAGACCAGAGGUUGUACAUCGAGGUGCAGACAGAAGGAGUCGAUGAACGGCAGAUCUCCACUAUUCUGGAUUCAUGCUGGGCAACACCUUUCAAUGACGCCAGCUACCCUGUCCGCUGGGAUCUCAUCACCACAGAGUGUCCUAAUUCAGCAGAUGGUACAGUAGAGCUGGUUCAGAACGGCAUCUCCACAGUGGCCCGAUUCUCCUUCAGGAUGUUCACCUUUACCAACUUUUCAUCCAUCUACCUGCACUGCCAGGUCCACCUGUGUCUUUUGAGACACAACAACUGCUCAGCUCAUUGCUACCCGGGUUACCACACAAGAGUGGCAAGGGAUAUUUCCCAUCACGACACUGCGGCCAUCUCACUAGGACCGCUAAUCCUGAAACCAGAUGAAACCAGAAUGAAAACGAGCAGUGCUUCAGGCCAGUUGACCUCUGUGGUGACCCUGCUAGUCAGUUUGCUGAUUGCCAAAACUCUGACCUAAAGAGAUCAAAGAUAGGCACACAUUCAGCAAACAAAUGAAUAUAUACAUAUUGCACCACGACAUAUUAAUCAUUCAGCAGUAGCUUAAUCACUUUGCAUAGAUGUAGUAAUGGUCAGUUAUUUUUCUCUGUUGUGAGCCACUAAAAAGUGGAAUGAAAUUUUUGAUAGGAGCAGUGCUGGUGCAGACCUGAAAAAGUUAUGGAUGUUACAGAAUAUUUGGAAAUACAUACCCUAAAUUGCUCCUGAUCUUGUCUAAAGUGAUCGAGUGGUAGUUUUUCGUUACAACAUUAGAGGGCAGCAUAAGAUCAAAUACACAUAUGGCUCUGUUUGCAUGAAACUUAUGUUCACUUACUUUCGCUCACCUUUUUGUAUUUAGUAUAAUAUUUUUAAGUUUUAUCCUCUUGCAGUGACUUUUACUAUCAUUAAAUCAAUAUUUCAUUAGUGAUAAUCAUUCAUAAUGAACAUGAAAAUGAUAAAUGAUUACCCGAGGUCUCUGAUGCUUAUUGACAUUUUUGACUGUGAAUAAUGUGUGAACUUUCUACAUUUAAAAAAUAAAUAAAAAUGGUAUUUACUUAAA